AUCAUGGAUUCUCGCAGAAACUCCAAUGUAUCUCUUCCCGUUCGGAACCAUCCAAACAAUGGUUCCAACAAUCAAAACCAGAAUCAAAACCGACCAAACCGACCCGCCCACGCAUUCGGUGGUAGACUCCAAUUUGAAGACCCAAUCCAAAGCUCUGCCCCACAAGAGCACGAAGCUGAUUCUGACCGCGGAAGGUCAAAUUCUAGCGAUCACGACCCUUUGCCAAUCCGACCCGGUAACGUGACUGUGAGAAGCGAUGAAAGUCGCCAGAGAUCCAGCACUCAUUACACGGACGAAGAUGGGACCUUUCGAACACCAAGAUCUUCAUCAUUCUCACCUGAAAGUACGUCUCCUGGACACAGGAACGAAGAUUCCGACGAUAUACAAGAGCUGCUUCAAGAGCAAGAAGACAACCCCGAAGAACGCCCAUCAAUCGAAUUACCACUGGACAUGGAAUUCAUAUCUGGGGAAGCCCAAGGAAAUGUUUCUCUGACCCCCUUCAAUUACUCGUCAAUCCUACUCACAAAGGGAUAUAUUGCCAUGAUCGAUGCCGUUUAUGCAGAAGCGAAGUGGGUCGGGCAUUUUCUCACCAAAGAGGAUGGUGACAACAAAGACAUUGCACAACUAAAACACUGGAGAAAAAUCGGUCUUCGUAUACUCGCAAGCAGUCCGCUGUAUAUGAUCCUGUAUACACUUAAUGGCUUCCUAGCCUUUGAAGUCAUCAACACCGAAGAUCCAUCUACGGAGGCCAAGGAAUUGGCACCCUAUUUCACAGACACAUCCCCAGGACAACCCGGAGAGUGGUUUCGGCGUCAAAACGAAGAAUUUGCUCCAGCUAUAUUUAUUUUAGGGAUCGGGGGGCACGCUCCAGCUAUAUACAUUCGAAUUCUUGUCGAUAGUGGUGGCGUCGGCCCAACUUACGGAGAAAUCUGA